CGGCUGCUGGGUUGGAAGCGGCGUAGUCCGACUCAUCCCGGCCCCGGGAUGGCGUCCCCACGGGAAUUGACCCAGAACCCCCUGAAGAAGAUCUGGAUGCCAUACAGCAAUGGGCGGCCCGCUCUGCACGCGUGCCCGCGGGGUGUUUGCAUGACCAACUGCCCGACGCUCAUUGUCAUGGUGGGUCUGCCUGCCAGGGGCAAGACCUAUAUUUCUAAGAAGCUGACUCGAUACCUCAACUGGAUCGGUGUGCCCACUCGGGAAUUCAACGUUGGCCAGUAUCGCCGGGACAUGGUCAAGACGUACAGAUCAUUUGAGUUUUUCCUCCCAGACAACGAAGAGGGCCUGAAAAUAAGGAAACAGUGUGCCCUGGCAGCCCUCUGUGAUGUCCGGCGAUUCCUUAGUGAGGAGGGGGGACAUGUGGCGGUUUUUGAUGCAACGAAUACCACCCGAGAACGGAGAGCGACCAUCUUUAAUUUUGGGGAACAGAACGGCUACAAGACCUUUUUUGUCGAGUCCAUCUGUGUGGAUCCUGAGGUCAUAGCUGCCAACAUCGUGCAAGUGAAACUGGGCAGCCCUGACUACGUGAACCGAGACAGUGACGAGGCCACGGAGGAUUUCAUGAGGCGCAUUGAGUGCUAUGAGAACUCGUAUGAGUCGCUAGAUGAGGACCUGGACAGGGAUCUGUCCUAUAUCAAGAUCAUGGACGUGGGCCAGAGCUACGUGGUGAACCGUGUAGCUGACCACAUCCAGAGCCGCAUCGUGUAUUACCUCAUGAACAUCCACGUGACCCCCCGCUCCAUCUACCUCUGCCGGCACGGGGAGAGUGAGCUCAACCUCAAAGGCCGGAUCGGUGGGGACCCAGGAUUAUCCCCCCGGGGCAGGGAGUUUGCCAAGAGCCUGGCCAAGUUCAUCAGUGACCAGAACAUCAAGGAUCUGAAAGUCUGGACAAGCCAGAUGAAGAGAACAAUCCAGACAGCCGAGGCACUGGGUGUGCCCUACGAGCAGUGGAAGGUCCUCAAUGAGAUCGAUGCGGGUGUCUGUGAGGAAAUGACCUAUGAGGAAAUUCAGGAUCAUUAUCCACUGGAGUUCGCCCUGCGGGACCAGGACAAGUACCGGUACCGGUACCCCAAGGGAGAGUCCUACGAGGACCUGGUCCAGCGACUGGAGCCUGUCAUCAUGGAGCUGGAGAGGCAAGAGAACGUGCUAGUCGUCUGCCACCAGGCAGUGAUGCGCUGCCUUCUGGCCUACUUCCUGGACAAGGCGGCAGAGCAGCUGCCCUACCUCAAGUGCCCGCUGCACACCGUCCUGAAGCUGACCCCUGUGGCUUAUGGUUGUAAAGUGGAGUCCAUUUUCCUGAAUGUGGCGGCUGUGAACACACACCGGGACAGGCCUCAGAAUGUAGACAUCUCAAGACCUCCGGAGGAAGCCCUUGUCACAGUCCCUGCUCACCAGUGACCGCUGCAUCCACUGCGACCCCUGGGCAGGCACCGAUUGCUGUGGACAAGGUCAUUCCAGGCCUCCCGGUCUGUGUGACAGUCACCAUGCAGGAACAUUCUUGAAGCCAUGUGUGGCUGGUGGUGCCCAGAACCCUGCCCCAGCCCACCUCUUUGUUGACUGUGACAAGGUUGUACGUGGUUUCUGACCUGCUGCUAAGAAUCACUUGGCCAGACCGCGUCCACAUGGGCGGUGAGAGCUUGCCCAGCACCGUGUCCUUCUGUUGCAGCUCUUAGGUGUUCUCUCUCACCAGGUCGGUUGGCUUUGUGAAGUGUGAAACCCUAAAAUGUGAAACAGAAAGUGCUUGCUGUGACGUUCCCGCUGUGGACCUGCUGCCUGGGGUGGAUCUGGCGACUCCCUGCAGGACCUCUACUGUCCUCUCUGUGCCCACUUCAUGAGCCAGCAGCCAGGUCUUCAUGAGACCCUGAGCUUCUGCUGCCCCUGGUGAGAGGGACAGCCCUUCCCCAGCCUUCCCCACAGGGACAAAGAGCGCCAGCCAAGGCAGAUGCCUCCUGGGCAGCCACUGGCCAGGCUGUGUACCCAUGUGACUGUAUCUGUGGACACUCGCGAAAGCAGUGUACGUGCUUCAGCAUGUCAUGAUGCACAGAAACAUGCGGAGAGGGGAGUUUGUGGUCACCCCUCCCCAACUGUGCUAGCACUGGAAAACUUGGGGGAGCUGGUGGCUAGGGCGUGCCUUCCGGGCUGCUCUCACGUGAAACCACCUAAAGACAGCGCAGCUGUGCGAGUGACCUUCCUGGUGCACACACCGAAGUGCUUAAGGGGGAGGCUGCCAUCGCCUUGCCCCUUCCCUGGCUGUGCACACUGGCACUGGGGAGGAGGUGGCCUCUCGCCUGCUGCUGCCUGUGUCCAUGCAGGAGUGUACACUGGUGGCGGAGACACGCAUUUGCCAUAAAUGAUUCAGA